GAAUAGGAACCAUCAAGUAAACAAAACAUUCGAGCAGACCAACGCUGAGCAGACCACCGACCAUUAAUUUUUCUGUUUUCAUUUUAAAAACAUAAGGGUGAAUUCUUCCUCGCUUUUUAUGACUCACGAAUCAUUUUAAAAAAUGAGUGCUCCGACAUCUGCUUCUAGUGCACGAAACUUGUUUACUGAAUCAAAAGCACGUUUAUCAGAUAGAAUUCAAGUCAAUGUAAACAGCACAGGUUCUUUAGCAAAGCAAAUAGUUCGUGGUUCCAAAUCUAAUGAGAUUCUUAUGCAUACUGCCCGAAAUUUCGCACUUCAGGAAUAUGCUGUUGAUAAUUCUGAAACAAAUUUGAAAAGAAUGCAGCUGCUGACAAGCCAUUUAAAUUUGCUGUUGGAUAAUAUUCAGAAAAGUGUGAUGCAUAUUCAAGAAGUUAAAGAGCAAUUGCAUCAGAUUUUGUCUUGAUACUACCUGUUCUGUUAAUGCUAACUUUUUUCUUAUAUUCCUGAUUGUUUUUAAUUGAAUUUAUUGGUAAAAUUCAUCAUUUUGAAUGAGUUAUUUUGAUUUUUUGUCUUACUUAUGUAAUUCAGCUGUUUACUCUGAUUUACUGCAUAUCAAUUGUGAUUAAACUGUAAAUAUUUCUUAAUCAAUAAACCUUUCCUAUG